AUGCAACACACGUCGAUGCUGACCCAGAAGGAUGUGCGUGGGUUUCUGGGCAUGACUGGCUAUUACCACAAGUUCAUACCCGCCUACGCGCACAUUGCCGCACCGCUCACCGCCUUGACACGCAAAGACCUGCAGUACACGUACGAGGAACAUUGGACCGACGAAUGCACGCAGGCGUUCGAGAUCCUCAAGGGUCUUUUGUGUCAGGCCCCCGUCCUGGCCUACCCUGAUUUCUCGAAGCCGUUUGUGUUGAAGACCGACGCCAGCAAUGUUGCCGUUGGUGCUGCGAUGGUGCAGUGGGAUGCCGAAGCCGAGCACGAGAGACCGAUUGCCUUCGCCAGCCGCAAACUGACAGCCAACGAACCGACCUAUGCAUCACAAGAGCAAGAGGCACUCGCCGUCGUGUGGGCCAUCAAGUACUUCCGACCGUACCUGUAUGGGCGCCAUUUCACCAUCAUGACCGACCACCGUAGCCUGCAGUCCUUGCCCAAGGCACAUGAGAAAGGCAAUUCGCGAGUGCAUCGAUGGUCCGUCUUGCUGCAGCACUACACAUACACGAUUGUGUGGAAGCCGGGAAGAGAGAAUGGAGACGCUGACGCGCUCUCCCGUGUCCGAGCCACUCACUGGAACCCUCUCCCUCGCAUCCGCACUCCUGUGACCGCCCAUGACAUGGAGUCAUCCGUCUUGUGUGCCUUGACCGACGAGCCGCCAUCCAUCACUCUGCAGACAUUCAGAGAUGAGCAGAGGCAGGAUCCCGUCAUCGCUGCCCAUGUGGCUUGCCAUACGGAUGGCACCUUGCCCGACGACAAGAAGCUAGCCGCCGACAUUCAGAGAACCGAAUUCCAGUUUGAGUUGAUCAAGGGAGUGCUCAUGCACCUGCCGGAAAAGAGAAGAGUGCCCAUCCCCCAGCUCCCCCGCAUUGUGGUUCCCUCUUCCUUACGUCCGUUGGUGUUUGAGAACUGCCAUGACUCGCCCUUGGCUGGCCACCUUGGCAUCGCCAAGACACUCGAUCGAAUCUCGCAUCGCUUCUGGUGGCCGACCAUGUAUCGCGACGUCACGACGUGGGUGGGAUGCUGCAAGGUCUGCCAGGCCUUCCGACCUGCACGCAGGCAGAAUGGCCCACUCAUGCACCUUCCCGUGCAUGAGAAUGCGUUCGAUUCCAUCUCGGUCGACUUUGCCGGACCGUACCCGACCACCAAGCAGAAGAACCGAUAUAUUCUCGUGUUCGUUGAUCAGCUCACUGGCUGGCCAGAAGCCGUUGCCGUCAAGAAGAACGAUGCCGUGACCGUUGCGCAUGCCUUUGUCGAUCUGAUUGUCGUCCGACACGGCUGCCCGCGUCGCCUCCUCUGUGACCGUGGGUCGCAUUUCCUGAAUGAGUUGGUGGAUGCCGUCUGUCACAUCUUCCGCACUCGCCGCAUCUUCUCGUCCGCAUACCACCCUGAGACGAAUGGACAGGCAGAGAAGAUGGUUGGCACUGUCAAGAAGACUCUUGGGAAGUAUGUCGCUUCCCACGAGAAGGAUUGGGAUGUGCUUUUACCUCUUGUUUUGUUUGGCAUUCGAUCCGCCACCAAUGAGGCCAUGGGGAUGUCCCCCUUUGCCGCCUUGUAUGGUCGCAAAGCCCGCCUGCCGUUGGAUGUUAUGGUCGCAUGGGAGCAGCCGCUCGUUCUGCAUGUGAACGACUACCGCCAAGAGCUCCUCCGACAGAUGGCAAAGGUCCGUGCUAUCUGCCGCGACAACAGAGAGGCAGAGCGAGUGAAGCGCAUGAGGCGUGCGCCUCAGUCCUUACCGCGUCAGUAUUCGCCAGGUGAUGUCGUGUGGGUGAUCAAGGGCGAUCCGAAGGGCAAGAAGCCGGCCUUCCGCCCCACUUACACCGGCCCGUAUCGUGUGAUCGGCCCUUCGCGCAGAUCGCCGCUCGACUAUGAGCUCCGCCGUGCUGGUGAGGGAGCGCACCGUCGCCGACUGGUGCACAUCAGCCGAAUCCGCCCCUACCGCCUCCUUCCUGACCCGAAGUCGGAAGCCGACAUGCCGUUGUUCCGCAAGCCGCUUCAGGGAGAUGGAGGGGAUGGAGGAGGUGAUGAUGCGCCACCACCACCACCACCACCGUCGGCACAGCCACCUGCUGUAGCCGGCCCGUCAGGUGACCGAGAUGAGUGUCAGAGCGUUGAUGUGGUGCCGCCUGCCGAUGUUGCCGAGGCUGAGUCACCAGCCGCCCCAGAAGCCGCGAAUUCUGCUAGCCCCGAGGGACCGAGAGCCUCUGAUGAGGUGCCCGUUGCCCCCGCCCCGCAAAAUGCAUCGGAAGAUCUUCCGCCGAGCCAGCCCGAUCGGCCCGUCACCGACGCCCCUUCUGACCCCUCUGUCAUUCCGUCUUCCCCUGUCGCUUCGAACCCCCCUCACUCACCCCCAGCCGAAGCUCCCGCCGAUGACCGUCAAGUGAAUUCUCCCGACCGUCAUGACCGCCCCCUGUCACCGCCACACGAUGAGCCACUCACUGUCGACGUGGUUCCACCUACUCAUACACACACACAGCAACCGAUGCAUGCACCAUUGCCCUCUGUCUCGUAUUUGCCCCCGAGUGGCGAGUCUUCUUACCGUUCGAUCAGAAAUGACUCGCCGAGAUCAUCACCGACACCCGAUGGGGAUUCAUCUCUCGACUCGAGAGCCCCUAGGGAUGACAAUUCACCUGCCAUGCCACACACACCACACUCAUAUCAGUCAUACCGCCCCAGUGAGGAUCUGCCACCGCGCCCAGCUGUCAUCGAUAUCCUCGAUAGGAGGACCAGAGGGUCCGUAGUUGAGUACCGGGUUACUCGUAGGGGAUGUGAACCGUCAUGGGAAAGGGAGAGCGAGGUAUCCGACCCCGAUGCUGUCCGUGCCUUCGAGACCAAGAUGGCAUUCGACCUGCCCAUGCAGCGCAGACAGCCACACACCAGGAAAGACGAAUGAGCCUCGCUAUCCGUCCUUCUCGGGCGCAUUCGUGUCAUGUGCGCGUAUCCGCCUUACUUGUCCGUGGUUCUCUCUCUCUCGAACGAAGGGUAUCGAUCCAACUAGCCGCCUUGUAUACGUGAUGCCGGAUGAAAGCGGUCCAGCAGUCGUCAGAGUGGGGAUCCGAGUGUACCAAACGUGCCAAUCAGCCGAUGAUAGAAAGGAGUGAGUAGAAGAGCUGCACGCCUUGGGUUCGUCGAUGAUCUGACGCGCGUCUUCACACCAACUCGUCUCGGUGAUGAAGCCGCGUCAUGCUGGGGUGCUACUCGCCGCCGGUAGCUUGCCCCCACCCAGCAUCUACACAGAUCAUCUCCCUUGGUGUUGUCUUGCUUGGAUGCUCUCUCCCGGAUGUCAUCGUGUUAGACAGGCUUGUAGGCACUUAGAUCUCCCGAUUGAUGGCCGACUGGAGGCGUAUGCUUCCUCUGGAAGUGAUUCUGACUCACUUGUGCUUGGCGCGCUAGAGCGGAGCGAUCGCGACAGAAAUAGUGGCACGUGUGCUAUUUCGUGCUUCCGCCAACGGCAGCGUUCCGCGCUGCCCCCUCCUUCGUCUGUGAGAGCCAACGACGCCCCUUUCCCCUCCUUUUUCGUGUUCCCCUUCCCUCCGAGUCCGCCCGUGUGCUCUUCUGCGUUCUCUCCCCCCCCCCUC